AUGACCGCCACCUUUCUUUCUAUGCCCUUCCUCUUUCAACACCUUCAUUCCUUUUCACUUUUCUUUCCGUCUCUCGUUGCCUCAAUCUUUCCUCGUAUCUUUUCUCGUUUUCUUUCUCUUUCACAAUACUUUUCGUUUUUUAUUCCCACUCUAUCAUUCUCUGUCUUCUUUCUAUGCGUUAACUUCUGUUUCUUUUUAUUCAUUCACUUUUGCAUGCGACUUUAUUUCCAUUGCUUCACUUUCUCCUCCUCCUCCUCCUCCUCCUCCUCCUCAUUUCUAUCGCCUUUUCUUUCUUUCGCGAAAUGCGUCUAUUCGAUCAUCAUAUACCACCAACCGAAACACGUAAUUAAAAAAAAAAAACUCUCUUUCUUCAGCUGUUGGCUAAUUGUCCGCCUCGUGCAUUUAUUCCUAAAUCUAUCUAUCUAUCUAUCUAUCUAUCUAUCUAUCUCCCCAAAAUAA